UAACCACUGGUAGUUGACAGGCAAGAUCACGUGCGCCACUGCUUUGGUCCUUUAAUUUUUAGGUUAUGUUAUUUAUAAACACGUGUGAUACGAAUAUUUUCAAAAUAAAGUACAAGAAUGGCAAAAUUAUAUUUAAGAAAGAAGUCGAAGAGACAACCGGCGAAGUUAAAAUACAAAAUUGAAAAGAAAGUGCGUGAUCACAAUCGGAAAGUGCGCAAGGAAACAAAAAAGGCGAAGCAAAAACAGAAACUCAUCCAAGUUCCAAAUAUUUGCCCAUUUAAGGAAGACAUAUUGAAGGAAGUCGAACGACUUAAAAAAGAAAAGGAAGAAGAACGGAGGCAGCUGCGAGAGGCUGCCAAACUUGAGCGGCAACGAAAGAAAGCCGAGGGACAAACUUUAGAAGGCCUGGUUGCCAACGCACAGGCUCGUGAGGACUUGCACGAAACGUUAAGCCCAGAAUCGGAUUACAAGGAGGUAUCUAAAAAAGAAGAGAGUUCAUUAAAGGCGUACUACAAAGAGUUCAAGAAAGUCGUAGAGGCCGCCGACGUCAUUUUGGAAGUCGUCGACGCGCGCGAUCCCCAAGGUACUCGGUGCAUGCAGGUGGAACAGGCGGUUGCGAAUUCACCUGGAAAUAAACGUCUCGUCCUUGUUCUCAACAAGGCAGAUCUGGUCCCUCGUGACAUCUUAGAUAAGUGGUUGAAAUAUCUGCGUAAAUCUACACCGGCCGUCGCCUUCAAGGCGUCCACACAAAACCAGGCGCACAAGUUAGGCCAGAAGAAGUUCGUAAAGUCAAAGGAGGAGAAUGUACUGAAAGGAUCCUCGUGUGUUGGUGCGGAACUUUUGAUGUCUUUGCUGGCUAAUUACUGUCGGAAUAAGGGGGUCAAAACGUCGAUUACUGUCGGUAUUGUCGGUCUACCUAAUGUCGGUAAGAGCUCGUUGAUCAACAGCUUGAAACGUUCGAAAGCGUGCAACAUCGGUGCGACGCCUGGCGUGACACGGGCCAUGCAGGAGGUGCAGUUGGAUUCGAAAAUAAAGCUGUUGGACUCGCCGGGUAUUGUGUUCGCGUCGAGCUCUGACGCCAGUGCUUGUUUGCGUAAUGCCGUCCGUGUGGCGUCUUUAACUGAUCCAAUAACGCCGGCAAAUUGCAUUUUGCAGCGUGUCACCAAGGAACAGAUGAUGGAGAUGUACGACAUUAACGAGUACAGUAGCCCGGAGGAGUUUUACAGCUUGAAGGCAUCGCGAACCGGUCGUUUUAAAAAGGGGGGUGUACCGAAUUGUGAAGCGGCAGCACGUGACCUCUUGUCUGAUUGGAAUCAGGGCAAAAUUCGUUACUAUACCGUGCCACCUGAGGAUAGUGACGGCGAUGUGCACGUUAGUAGUAAGAUCAUAACCGAAAGCGUCAAAGAGUUUGAUUUAGAAAAUUUUGAAAGUAUGGAGACGGAAGUUUUGAAUGAAAUUCACGAUGCUAAGGAUGACAAACGGUCAGGGUUGGUCAUUUCUAGUUUUGGACCCGUUACAACAGCAAUGGAGGAAGACACUAGCAGGCAACCUGGAGAUAAAGAUAUCUUACCUGACAACAUAAGCGUAUCAUCAAAGAAAACCACCAAGAGGAAGAAAAAGGAAUCGAACAUGGCGAAACCCGAUCCAGAAAUGCAACUGGAAGGUAACCAGCAACUUAAUCGCGUUCGCAAACAACAAUUUAAGAAAGACAAGAAGAAGGAGCGAAGAAAGGAGAAGGUCUCUUUGCAGUUGUCGGCGGGACUAGAAAAUUUUACGCUUACUGACGGUUUGAAGGAAGACGAUUACGACUUUAACACAGACUUUAAUUUAACCUAACUUGUUACAAUUAAAAAGAAGUAUCCAAGA